AUGGUGCUGCCCUUCCCCCCAUUUUGUGGUUCGUGGGGUAGGGUGGGUGGACUUGAUCUGGAACUAUCCAUUUCCAACGUACAUCACGGGUGGUGUCUUGUCACUACUAAAAGUGACGGCUGCCACAUCCAUUUGCCGCCGCAUGCUCACCACCAUCACUCGGCAUCAGGCAAGGAUGAGCGCCACGGAAUAAAGAUAGAAAAUGCGGGAGAAAUACGGGCAGGAGGGGGAAAGGGAACGGGGAGAACAGACACAACAGGGUCGACCGAGAGGUUGAAAUCCGAACGAAUAGGAAACACAGGGGAGGGCAUGCAGGAGAUAAAAAAGAGGAAAAGGGGACGAGGGACAAGGGAAGAUCGGAGGGAAGAUAGGGGGACGAUGGAAGCAGGGGGAAGAGGGAAACAAAUGAUCGCGGGAACGGCGGCGGGUGGGCCAGCCCGAGCAUCAAGACGCCUGGCGUUGGGUAUGGCGGAUGGCCACCUGGCCGACUCGCCCACCGCCACUUUUUGA